AUCAAACUCAGAACUUUUUCAGUGUAGGCAGGUAAAUAUCUGAAUAAUUGUGUGAAAACUAAAACAUGUCUUGUGGAGGAGCCUCAGAAGUAAAGACUGCUGAUGAUGAGAUUCAGAAAAUAUGCAACGACAUACGAAAGGAAUUAGAAAAAAAAGCUAAUACAACGUUUGAAGAAUUUACAGCUAAACAAUAUAAAUCACAAGUUGUAGCUGGUACUAAUUAUUUUGUCAAGAUACAUAUUGGAAACGAGAAAUAUGUACAUGUUAGAAUAUUUAAACCACUUCCUCAUGUGUCACAAGAUGUAGAAUUAUCAAAUCAUCAACUUGGUAAAUCUGCUGAAGAAGAAAUAGCUUACUUCUAAUCAUUGUUUACUCAUUGUAUUCUCUUCUUAUUAUAUGUAUAAUCUAUAUACUAGUUUACAUUCAUCAUUGUGGGAACAAAAACUGUAGUUUUAAAGCAAACUUAUUUUACAUUUCAUGGUAUGUAAAGAAAAAUCAAUAUUGUGGAAUAUUAUUCUGUGUACAAAUUCUGAUUAAUUACUCAUCAGGUCCAAAAGAUAGCAUUUUUCAUUUCCAUAUUAUUUUUAUCAAAUCAUUAAAUGGAAAAAGUGUAUUUUUAUGAGGUUUAUGUGGAGGGAAUGCUUCAAGGUUCAUUGCAUUUUCUAUACAAAAUCUAACCAGUUCAUUUUUCAUAGGGAAGCAUCCCAAACAACAAGCCUUACAGAGCUUUGGCUAUAAAGUUAAGUAGAGAAAGUUCAUCUCAGUGAGCUGAAUUAAGGUUCAGUUUUAUGAUCUGAGAAUUAAACAUUGGUCAAUUUAAACUGAACUGUAGAUUUGAAUAUAGAUCACUUUCAGCAUCAUCUGUUAGUAGCAACAGACAAUAAAUAACAUGUUACAUUUCUAUUGAUUCUUAGCCAGACAGAAUUAUCAAUUGUGGUUCAAAACUCAAAAAAAGAAUAUCAAUGGCUGUGUUUUUACAUUUUUUUUGUUUACAUAUAAUCAUAUUUUUAUAAUAAAACUAUAAUCACAUUAAAAUGGUUGUUUUUAUAACAAAUAUAAAGGAUUUGGCAAAAAAAAAACAAUGGAAAACUGUAGUAUUAUUAAACAUUCUAAAGGAAUUCAAAGGGGUUCUGAAGCCUCUGUAUGUGUAUAAGACUAUCAUUGAAACUUAAUUUUUAUUUGCAUCCAUUGGAUUUCUCAGCUGCCAGAUUUGAGUAGAUUAUGACAUCACUGCCAUUUGGCUUUUUUUGUAAAUUAUGUAAAUAAAGGCUAAAAAACACCAUUGAGUCCCUUUUAUAUACAAAUAACUAUCAUUAUGAAAAACAAUUGAAUGAGAAUUCAAAACAUAAACAUACAGUCAUAGCUGAUAAUUAUUGUGUAGAGAAGCAGUGUCCAUGGAUUACAUUAUCCUUUUUGGAAUAUUUAUAGAAAUAUUUGUAUUUCAAAAGUAUAGUUAUAAACCAACAAGAUAAAAGCAAAUGAAGUUCAUUAAACAAAGAUUGACAUUAAUUGAAAAUUAACAUUAUCAUAAAUCUAUACAUUGUUGAUUAAACACAGAAAGGAUUUAUUAAAAAUUUCUAAUUUUAUCAAAUAGAUACACAAUACCCCUUUACACAAACAACUGAUAAAGUUUUAAAAUUGUAACUCUCCUGAAUUGAAUCAAUAAAAUCUCAUUAAAAUCACCAAGGAUAAAACAUAAUAUUUAAAAUAAGCAUAGAAUUUUUCUUAAAACAUGCAGCAAUAUAACC